GCGGAGGCUGCCGGCUGCUCUGCGAUCUGGCAGUCCGGGGACUCGGGCGCCUGCCCGUUCCUGUCCCCGCGCGGCCACAUGGCUCGGCUCUGCGCGCUGCUGCCCUGCCUGCUGCCCUGGUACUGCACGCUCUGCGCGGCCGCGGGCAGUCAGACCCCAGACCAGCACCUCUCUGGGAAACUCCGUGACUACGUCGUGACUGUGCCCUGUAGCACGGAUUUUCGGGGACGCUUCUUGUCCCAUGUGGUUUCCGCCCCCACAGCAGCCGCUUCACAUGGCCACCUCCGGGUGGCUCGCAGCCCCCCGAGACUGGAAAGAGAGACUCUGAGGCCUGGUGGUCCAAGGCACCACUUCCUCUACUUCAACGUGACUGUCUUUGGGAAGCUGCUUCACUUGCGCCUGCAGCCCAACCGGAGGUUGGUGGCACCAGGCGCCCCGGUGGAGCGGCACGAAGACUUCCGGGAGCUCUCCCGACAACCCUUGCGGCAGGAGUGUGUGUACACUGGAGGUGUCACCGGAAUGCCUGGGGCAGCCGUUGCCAUCAGCAACUGUGAUGGAUUGGCUGGCCUCAUCCGCACAGACAGCUCAGACUUCUUCAUUGAGCCUCUGGAGCGAGGGCAGCAGGAGAAGGAGGCUGGAGGGAGGACGCACGUGGUAUACCGCCGGGAAGCCGUCCAGCAGGAACGGGCAGAGCCUCACGGGGAUCUUCACAAUGAAGCUUUUGGCCUUGGUGACCUGCCCAACGUGCUGGAUCUGGUUGGGGACCAGCUGGGUGACACAGACCGGAAGCGGCGGCAUGCCAGGCCCGGCAGUUACAGCAUCGAGGUGCUGCUGGCAGUGGAUGACUCGGUGGUUCGCUUCCAUGGCAAGGAGCACACGCAGAACUACGUCCUCACGCUCAUGAACAUCGUGGAUGAGAUUUACCACGAUGAAUCGCUGGGGGCCCACGUGAACAUCGCUCUUGUCCGCUUGAUAAUAGUGGGUUACCGACAGUCCCUGAGCCUGAUCGAGCGAGGGAACCCGGCACGCAGCCUGGAGCAGGUGUGUCGCUGGGCACACUCCCAGCAGCGCCAAGACCCUAGCCACACUGAGCACCAUGACCACGUCAUCUUCCUCACCCGCCAGAACUUCGGUCCCUCAGGGUAUGCACCUGUCACUGGUAUGUGCCACCCCCUAAGAAGCUGUGCUCUCAACCACGAGGACGGCUUCUCUUCAGCUUUUGUGGUGGCUCAUGAGACUGGUCACGUGCUUGGCAUGGAGCACGAUGGCCAAGGCAAUGGCUGUGAUGAUGAGACCAGCCUGGGCAGCGUCAUGGCACCCCUGGUGCAGGCUGCCUUCCACCGGUUCCAUUGGUCCCGCUGCAGCAAGCUGGAGCUCAGCCGCUACCUCCCUUCCUACGACUGCCUCCUUGAUGAUCCCUUUGAGCGCACCUGGCCCCAGCCCCCUGAACUGCCCGGGAUCAACUACUCCAUGGACGAGCAGUGCCGUUUCGACUUCGGCACUGGAUACCACACCUGCUUGGCUUUCAGGACCUUUGAGCCCUGCAAGCAGCUGUGGUGCAGCCAUCCUGACAACCCAUACUUCUGCAAGACCAAGAAGGGGCCCCCGCUGGAUGGGACAGAGUGCGCACCGGGCAAGUGGUGCUUCAAGGGUCACUGUAUCUGGAAGUCACCGGAGCAAACUUACGGCCAGGAUGGAGGCUGGAGUUCCUGGACCAAGUUUGGUUCAUGUUCUCGGUCGUGCGGAGGUGGAGUGCGAUCCCGAAGCCGGAGCUGCGACAACCCUCCUCCAGCCUAUGGAGGCCGCUCAUGCACAGGACCUAUGUUCGAGUACCAGAUCUGUAACAGUGACGACUGUCCUGGGCCUUACGAAGACUUCCGGGCCCAGCAGUGUGCCAAGCGCAACUCCUACUACAUCCACCAGAAUGCCAGGCACAGCUGGCUGCCCUACGAGCCUGACGAUGAUGCCCAGAAGUGUGAGCUUAUUUGCCAGUCUGCAGACACUGGAGAUGUGGUAUUUAUGAACCAAGUGGUCCAUGAUGGAACGCGCUGCAGCUAUCGGGACCCCUACAGCGUCUGUGCACGCGGCGAGUGCGUGCCCUUUGGUUGUGACAAAGAAGUGGGAUCCAUGAAGGCGGAUGACAAGUGUGGUGUCUGUGGUGGGGACAACUCUCACUGCAGGACUGUGAAGGGGACGCUGGGGAAGGCCUCCAAGCAGGCAGCGACUCUCAAACAGGUGCAGAUCCCGGCAGGUGCCAGGCACAUUCAGAUUGAGUUGCUGGAGAAGAUGCCCCACCGCAUUGCGGUGAAGAACCAUGUGACCGGAAGCUUCAUCCUCAACCCUAAGGGCAAGGAAGCCUCUAGCAGGACCUUCACUGCACUGGGAUUGGAGUGGGAACAUGCUGCAGAGGAGACCAAGGACAGCCUUAAGACCAGCGGGCCCCUGCCAGAAGCCAUCGCCGUCCUGGUGCUCCCCCCAGUGGAGGGUAAACCCCGAGGUAGCCUGGCCUACAAGUACGUCAUCCACGAGGACCUGUUGCCCCUCAUCGGGAGCAAUAACGUGCUCCUGGAAGAGACAGACACCUAUGAGUGGGCUCUCAAGAGCUGGUCUCCUUGCAGCAAGACCUGUGGAGGAGGAAUUCAGUUCACUAAAUAUGGCUGUCGGCGCCGCCGGGACCACCACAUGGUGCAGCGGCACCUGUGUGACCACAAAAAAAGGCCCAAGCCUAUUCGACGGCGUUGUAACCAGCACCCAUGUCCCCAGCCCACGUGGGUGGUAGAAGAAUGGGGUGCCUGCAGCCGGAGCUGUGGGAAGCUGGGGCUGCAGACCCGGGGGGUGCAAUGCCUACUGCCCCUCUCCAACGGCACCCGCAAGGCCAUGCCAGCCAAGGCUUGCCUAGGUAACCGGCCAGAGGUCAAGAGGCCGUGCCUCCGAGUGCCCUGCCCAGCCCAGUGGCGGACAGGAGCCUGGUCCCAGUGCUCUGCCACCUGCGGAGAAGGCAUCCAGCAACGGCAGGUGGUGUGCCGGAACAGCUCCAGUGCCCUCGGGCAGUGCGAGGGGGCCAAGCCGGACACUGUGCAGGUCUGCAGCCUGCCUGCCUGUGGAGGAGGUCUCCAGAACUCUACAGUGAAGGCCGAGAUCCAGGACCCUGUGACCAAAGUGGGACACCAGGAACCCCAAUCCAAGCCCCUGACUCCCACGAACCUGAUUUCAACAAUGGAGCCCUGUGUGGGAGACAGGCCCAUCUUCUGCCGGAUGAAAGUACUGGACCGCUAUUGCUCCAUCCCUGGCUACCACCGGCUGUGCUGUGAGUCUUGCACCUCAGGCCCCAGUGCCAACGUGACCUCACUACCCGCCUUCUCCACUCCUGGGAGUCUCUUGCCAGAGCCCAAGGCCACCCAGGAGGAUGUGGAGUCUUCAAAGGGGCCAACCAGAGUGGAAGACCAUCAGCAAGGCCAUCCCACACAGCUACCAGGGCUGGUGAACAGGAUCUCCUCAGGGACUCAGCCCCCCUUCACCCCCCAGAUGCUAAGUCCUGCAACAUUUGAGGGCAAUUCUUCUGCCACCCCACCGCCUUCGGGCUGGACCCAAACCACCGUGACAGCCUCUGAGGAUCAAGGACAAUCCAGGGAGGAACCAGGACAUGGAGGCACCAGCCUUCCUGCUACCUCCCCAGUGACUUGAACCCGUCCCUCUGGCCACAUUUACACUCUGCGUGUGGUCCAGUGACCUUGACUCAGAGGACUCAAGCACAGGGGACAGGAAGUAGCACAGGUCUCCUUUUUAAAUUAUUUGUUGUCUUGUUCUGUUUGGGGCUGUGACGCUCUUGACCCCCUGACAGGGUUAGGGGAAGAGAGAGAUCAGGGAUUGCCCUAACCAGAAAUACCUCAGCCAACAGGACUUGGGCUCCGCUUUCAAAUGGCUCCUAAGAUCUGUUUCUCCAGGCUCAGUAAAGCCCCUUCCCACAGCCACUGGGAGGGGGCAGGGAUGGGAGGGGGAAGCAGGCCUGACAGAGAUGCUUGCUUGCCCAUGACUUCUGACUACCAAGGAGACCCGCACAGUCCCACUCUCCCCAAAGGCCAAGGCCGAAGGGGACUGGAGGAGGUGGGGCUACUCAAAGGCAGACUAGGGAAAGGCUGGCAUGGAAGCAGUAGUGAUGUUUCCCUGAGACAGGGUCGGCCAGGGGAGAGGAGUUCUUCUCAGGCCUGGCUCUUCUCAGCUGAGAGCCGCUAAUAACUCCCAGACAGACAUCAGUUCACCUUUGUGGCUGUGGAGUCACUUUUGUGGCUCACUUUGUCCUUGUAGAUGUCACCGCUGGUGACCCCAGGCUGUAGACUGACCUCCCAACAUUUUGUUCUGCUUUGUUUUUUUGUUUUUUUAUUUUUAUUAUUAUUAUUUUUUGAGACAGGGUUUCUCUGUGUAGCCCUGGCUGUCCUGGAACUCGCCCUGUAGACCAGGCUGGCCUCGAACUCACAGAGAUUCGCCUGCCUCUGCCUCCGGAGUACUGGGAUUAAAGGUGUGCACUACCACCGCCCGGCUCUGACCUUCCAAUUUUGCAUCCAAGCCACCAGAGAAGGAGGCCUGGAUAUAUAACUUCAACAUCCAGGAGUUUCUAAGCUGGGGCUUGACUCCUGGUUUGACCAGGAAGAACAGCUUCAGUCAUCAUUAAGGCCUGAAGGAGGUCCAGCAGAAAGGUGACCACUAGGUACUAGAGAGAUGUCACUUCCCAGACUGUACCCCUCAGUCGUCACUCUGCUGAAAGCCUGCUGGAGUUGGGGGGCGGGGGUCUUCCCUUCUGGUUCUGGCUGGGACAGAGUGUGUGAUUCUCAGAAGGUCAGGCAGGUGGGGGUUACAAGGCCAAGGACUAGAGUCCACUUACCUGGCCCCUGUGGAUGGCCUGGGCAGGAUGCCCGCUGCUGCUCCUGGAUUAGGGUAGAGAGGAUGCAGGGAGUCAAACUCAUCCUCCACGGCCCUCUGGUUCUCAGGAAAUGGCCUAGAUCCUCACUUUCAGGGUCAGUGGCAGAGGUGCUUAUCCGUCCACCUUCCUCAGAUGGAGGAAGGCAAGCCUUAGGCCCCUGGCCUGCAAGCAAUGGGGAGCAGGGGUGCUAGGGACUCUGUGUGCUAUCCCCAUUACUGCUGUCCCCUUUGCAGGCGGCUGGAGCUACUCUGAGUCAGUCCCCAGCAUGGAGAGUCUGAUUUUUUGAAAUAUAACCUAUUUAUUAACACUGA